UCCGCAUUCGGGCAGAGUCGCCCCUUAGGUCUGUUAAUUUUCAACAGCCCGGUGCGCUCAAGUAUUGCGAGCGGUGCACGGUCAUCUGGAUAAUGCUUCCCAUCGGCGGUUUCUGUCAGUGUAAUUAAUUAGUUAUUUCCUCCCCCAUUCCAUACUUUUUGCCUCUCCCAUAUUACUUCCAAAUUUUCAGCUUCUUUCUUUCUUCAAUCAAUCUUUAGGAACAUUUUUUGUUUUUUUGCCAAAAGUAUAUUUUAUGGAAGAUCUUGAUGUUGAAGUCCCCAAGUAUUUCAUCUGUCCCAUAUCUUUGCAAAUCAUGAGAGACCCAGUGACCGCCAUAACUGGCAUCACCUAUGAUCGAGAGAGCAUCGAGCAAUGGCUACUCAAAGGCAAAAGCACCAACUGUCCGGUCACCCAGCAACCUUUGCCUACAGUCUCCGAUUUAACUCCUAACCAUACGCUGCGUCGGUUGAUCCAAGCCUGGUGCAAUGAGAAUGCUUCGCUUGGUGUUGACCGGAUUCCUACCCCUAAACCUUCCAUUAAUAAGUUCCAUUUCCUUAAACUCAUCAAACAGCUUCAGCAUCCUGAUUCCAAGAUGAAAGCUUUGAAGGAAUUGGAUUUGUUGGCAGUCAAGAAUGAAAGAAACAGGAAAUACAUGGUGGAAGCUGGGGUGCCUAAAGCUAUGCUGUCGUUUAUUGUAAAUUGUUUCAAGGAAGACUGUGUUAGUGGCCUAGAGGAAGCCCUAAGUGUCCUUUUCUUAAUUCGAAUUCCAUCGGCUGAAGCAAAUUUGUUACCCAAACAAAAUGAUCAGAUUAUCAAAUCAUUGAUCUGGGUAUUAGGAUGUGAAUUCAACACCCAGGUUAUGGCUAAAUCCCAUGCGGUUUCAGCAUUGAAAUCCAUCAUUGAAACAGCAAGUUCGGUUGUACUCGAGAGAUUAGAACCCAAGUUCUUCGAGAUGAUUGUCGGAGUUUUGAAACAAUGCACAACCAGGAUCACUCAACAGGGAAUAAAUUCAGCUUUGCAUGUUCUUUUAGACGCUUGCCCCUGGGGAAGAAAUCGGCUAAUGAUGGUUGAAUCGGGAGCAGUUUCUGCGCUUAUCGAGCUUGAAUUAGGAUCACCCGAAAAGAGAACCACCGAGCUUAUUCUGGGUAUACUCUUCCAUCUGUGUUCUUGUGCUGAUGGGAGAGCAGAGUUUCUCCGCCAUAAAGGCGGCAUCGCCGUUGUCACAAAGAGGAUCAUGAGAGUUUCACCGGCGGCCGAUGAUCGCGCAGUACUGAUUCUUUCGUUGAUAAGCAAGUUCUCAGCCACCAGUUGGGUUGUUCAUGAAAUGUUGGAGGUUGGAACUGUAACAAACCUUUGCAUGUUGCUCCAACUCGAUUGUGCAACCUAUUUGAAGGAAAAAACUAUGGAAAUACUUAGAUCACAUUCCGAUGAUUGGCUCAAGUUCCCUUGCAUCGACAAAUCUGUCUUGACCAGGUAUAUUAAAUAGUUUUACUUUUAAUUAAUUGCUUAAUACUAUGUAAUUCAUAUCAACUAUAUUUGCAUCCGCAAUUUUUACUAUUGGUUGCCACUAAAUCAUUUGUUUUACACUAAAUAUAAUUUUAUUGUCUUUUAAGGUUUG